AUGGCUGAGGGAAAUGGUGGAAACCCUGCUGAGAUGAAGCAAGAAGUCGAGAGUGGUGCAAGUUUGAAUGAGGAAAGUGCUGAAAAAUACAGAUUGGCGAGAAAAUGGGAUAGAGCUCAGCCCACAUCUACGGAAACCCCUUUAGCUACCACUCCCCCGACUAUUGAAUCAGUGCCAACUCCAGCACCACCUCCAGUAGCCCCUGCACUCCCCGUUGCUCCACCUCCACCCAAGUUGCUGAACAAAUUAAAAGGGAAUGGUUUACGAACCAUUUUAGAAGAAAAGUUACUAUCUGUGGAAGGCUUGGAAGGCAAGCAUGCUGCGGUGCUUGACACACUCAGAUAUCAUGAAUUGGAGCAGUUCACUAGGCCACAGAGCCCUUACAUUCCUUCAUGGGUCCAGGAAUUCUACUUACCCUAUGGAGAGUUGGUCCCAAAGAAUAAGACGAAAGCUAGACCCCGGGAUACUGCUAGCAAUAUAGAGGUCACCCCAUCUUCCUCCACCGAUAUCCGUCAUAUAGAGGCCGAGUUCACACGAGAGGAGGUUGACAGGAGGAGAGAAGCUCCAGUAGAUACUUUUCCAGAGGUCGAUGUUGACUCAUUACCAGCAGAGGCACCUUCGUUUACUCCAACUUUGGAGCUUUCAGGUAUACCCGCUCCUUCUUCUCCUUCACAGACUCCAGGUGCCUCCUCUUCCUCCCAGCCUACCAGGAUCACUCAUGCCAUGAUCCUGAAGAUGGGGCAGCUGGCCUAUUCAGCAGAUGUGGGGGUGUCACGAUUGGAGAGAUCUAUCCCAGGGAUGAUUGAGAAUGCCAUCUUGAUUGCACUAACCCCCCUCAGGAACACUGUUGAUGAUCUGACUGCUAGAGUCACUGCUUGCGAGAGCAGACAUGGGGAGACACCCGAGGUUUCAACAUUAAAAGCUGAAAUAACAGAGUUGAAGAAGGACGUAGCCUAUUUGAAGGCUACCGACUUCACUACACUAAUGCAGGGAGUAGAUGAAAAGGAUACUCCUGAGACCUCGAGAAUUCCUCCGGCUACUACCGGAGAUGUGCAGAGGGAUGAUGCAUGGAAUGGAGAGUCAGAGACAGAGACCAACGAGGAGCGGAUAGCAGUGCGCGAUGAGGUAGUGCGCGAGAGCCAUGAUGACAGCAUAUUUAGAGACUUGCCGAAUCUUGUGGAGAUGGUUGUUCAGUCGGCAACUUAG